AUGCCGCUUCUUGUGCCUCGUUCAUGCAGCGAUAUCCAGGAAGACAGCGACACCCUUAACGUCAUCGCCGAAAUCAUCAAGAAGAAACGAAAGUUCUUGGGCAAGCUUACGUGUAAGGAACGAAUCAUUAUGGCGGCGCUCGCCCUGCUGUUUGUUUGCUGCAUCACCAUCAGCGGCAUCAGCAGCCUGUUCGGACUCCAGGAGCAGCUGUCAGUCAAGUAUGCCCACGAGUCGGUGAACGUGAUGGUUGUCGUGGUGCUCCUGUCUUUCCUGCCGCACGGUGGACGGAAAGGAUCGGUGCUCGACUGGAAGAACGUGUCCGGUCGCAUCUCCUGGCGAGCCUUGCUGUCCGUGGGUGGUGGUCUCUCGCUUGCCGGAGCCGUCGAGUUUAGUCUUGUGCCCCCUCUGCCCUCCUUACUAGAAAAUAUCCUGGAUACCAUGCCUGAGUCGAGGUAUGCCCACGAGUCGGUUAACGUGAUGACUGUCGUGGUGCUGCUGUCUUUCCUGCCGAAAGGUCGACCGAAAGGAUCGGUGCUCGACUGGAAGAACGUGUCCGGUCGCAUCUCCUGGCGAGCCUUGCUGUCCGUGGGUGGUGGUCUCUCGCUUGCCGGAGCCGUCGAGUGGACGGGUCUUUCCCGGCGCAUCACCGAGGAGCUGAGCAGCCUGGACUUCCUGACGCCGCUGCAGACGCAGGUGGUGCUCAUUCUGCUGACCACCGUGCUUACAGAGGUCAACACCAACGUGGUCAUCGCCAGGUUCCUCAUACCGAUCGCCUCGGACAUCGGCGUGCUCACCAACGUGCACCCUCUGUACUACGCCCUCCCCGUGGCCAUGGCGUCAUGCACGCCCACUGUGCUGCCCACGGCGGCUCCCAGCAUCGCCGUCGUCACCUCGUGCAUGGACAUCCAAAUCGUCGACAUCCUGUACCCGGGCCUGGCCGUGAAGCUGAGCUCCAUCCUCCUCGUGCUCGCCACGGUGAACACAGUCGGCGUCUCGCUGUUCUCCCUCAGCGACCUGCCCGCCUGGGCCGUCGCCAAGAACGGCAUCAUGACGGGCGCACUCGCCAACGCCAGCAGUGCUGCCUAG